AGCAGCCCGGGGGCCGUCUCGGUGCCAGCCCCCGCCCCGGGACCCGGCUGCCUGGAAGCCGCUCCCUUCUCGACGGCCGGACUGGCAGCGGCGGCGGGGCCGGGGAGCGGCGGGGCGAGGUCCGGCGGGGCGGAGGAGCGGCGGCCGGCCGCGCCGGGGCACCGCGCCUCCGGGGGGCAAGCACCCGGGAGGCUGAGGAACGCAGAUAGCAGAAGCGGGGUGGAGGAGGAGGGCAGCGCCAUGACUCAUUUGCAGGCAGGUCUCUCCCCGGAGACUCUGGAAAAAGCCCGGCUGGAGCUGAACGAGAACCCCGACACCUUACACCAGGACAUCCAGGAGGUGCGGGACAUGGUGAUCACUCGGCCGGACAUCGGCUUCCUCCGCACCGACGAUGCCUUCAUCCUGCGGUUCCUGCGGGCCAGGAAGUUUCAGCACUUCGAGGCGUUUCGCCUCCUGGCCCAGUACUUUGAAUAUCGCCAGCAGAACCUGGACAUGUUCAAGAGCUUCAAGGCCACAGACCCGGGUAUCAAGCAGGCGCUGAAGGAUGGGUUCCCUGGCGGGCUGGCCAACCUGGACCACUACGGCAGGAAGAUCCUCGUCCUUUUUGCUGCCAACUGGGACCAGAGCAGGUACACGCUGGUGGAUAUUUUGCGCGCCAUACUUCUUUCUUUAGAAGCCAUGAUAGAAGACCCUGAGCUUCAAGUGAAUGGAUUUGUUUUGAUUAUAGACUGGAGCAACUUCACCUUCAAGCAGGCCUCCAAACUCACACCAAGCAUGCUUAGAUUAGCCAUAGAGGGCCUUCAGGACAGUUUUCCAGCUCGGUUUGGAGGAAUACAUUUCGUCAACCAGCCAUGGUAUAUCCAUGCCCUCUACACAGUUAUACGACCCUUUUUAAAGGAGAAGACACGAAAAAGGAUAUUCCUGCAUGGUAAUAACCUCAACAGCCUGCAUCAGCUAAUACACCCUGAGAUCCUGCCUUCAGAAUUUGGAGGAAUGUUGCCACCCUAUGACAUGGGGACGUGGGCAAGAACACUGCUUGACCAUGAAUACGACGAUGACAGCGAAUGCAAUGCUGACUCCUACAAUGCUCCUGCAAAGGACAUAGAAAAGGACCUCUCUCCCAAAUCCAUGAAAAGGUCUCAAUCGGUUGUGGAUCCUGGGGUGCUGAAACGCAUGGAUAAGAACGAGGAAGAAAACAUGCAGCCUUUGCUUUCACUUGACUAACAGUUUCUGAGCAUUGAACAUGAACUGAGGUGGAAGGCACUGCCUCUCAGCAGCAAGCAAACCUUUGGGAAAGAGUGUACCAGCUGGAAUCCUAUUUACUCAUGUUAAUGUAGCAUAAUGGCAUCAGGCAGCAGGUUUUACUAUUCUGCCUGAAUUUUGGAUGCCCUGAGGUGAAGAAGAAGAGGAGAAAAAAGGAAAAUAAAAUGACAUAAAAAAUAAAGAGGAAUCAAUAAUUUAUUCUGUAAGUGCCAACUUGUUUGUAAAUACAAUAUAAUCCUCCAAUUUGACUUUGUAAGUUAUGGUAAACAAAUGGUAUGGAACUGAGCGACUAUUAAAUAUGUCAAUGAAGUGCACCAUAAAAAAGAGAAGAAAACGUGUGUGCGCUCACACAUGCACACACAUACACAGAGAGAAACACAUACUGAACAAGGAAAAGUAUCAAAGCCAAUUAAAUGUUGUCCUUCUUAUAGGAAGCCAUAUUGCAGCUAGCAUAUUGACUGCUGUUUUGUUUUCUCUCUGCAAUGCUCGUGUAGUGUGCAGAGAAAAAGAGGGAAUAUUAGAACUUGUAGAUGCUGCAAUCAGUCAAAUAUUUCCUAACUGUAGGAAUUGAUUUCCCAAAUAACAUUGUGGCUUAGGAUUGUGAUUUACCAUAAACCAUGUAGCAUUGUGAAAAAGGUAAGAGAUGAACUGGAACCAACUCUUUGACAGCCUUGUUGUUUGGCUGUAUGGAUCUGUGAGGUUUCUUCCUUAACUUUUCAUUUAGAGUUCGCAAGUAAACUGUCUUGUUACCCUAAUCUGGGUAUUGUAAUGUGGGCCACAUUGGAGUUACUUCUCUUGCAUUUUGGGUGCACAUCAAGAAUCUUUCCAGAACUCUGUUCUCCGCUGGAAUGAGAAAAUAGUCCUCUAAAUAGAGUGUAAUAACCAAUAUUCAAAAGUAAAGCCUGGCAGCAGAGGUGGAAAAUCAAUCACUGAAUACUGUGCACUAGGAGACUGGAUACAUAUAUAUUUUUACCAAUCUCUGACAAGCAUACAAGGUGACAUUGUUAAACAAGUAUAUUUAAUUGAAGGUUUGUACAAGAAAUCAUGCCUAUUCAAUGUACUUAGAUAUAUUAUAGAUUGUAUAUUGAGACAAUGUCAUUAUUAAGAUAGUAAAACUUUCCAUAAGACAACAGCAUCCCACUCCAAGCAAAGAUUAAUAUAAGUUGUAGUCAAACAUCUCAGCCUAUGUGUUUAGGACACUUUUCUUUUGGUUGUAAUGUGACUGUAUAUAUUGAACAUGUGCCAUAAUAGAGAAAUACAUUUUACCUCAAAAGGACAACAAGUUUCACUACGGAUUGGGUAAAUAAUAUGAAACACAGGGGCUGUGUCAUCUUUGUUGUGUGCUGGCUGAUGUGUGUGCAGCCUGUUGUAUGCCGAGGCAAGAAUGUAAUUUCUUAUUAGGACUUUGCAAUGAGGGUGAGAAGACACAGGUUGCCCACCAAGACAUGUGAAUAGUUAGAGGCAUUGUAAGACCAUGUCCGGGCAGUGCAGGGAUUAAUUAAGAAUACACUGACCACAGCGGAGGAAAUAGUUUGCAGCAACCCCACCUCUCAAGUGCCAGAGUUUAAAGAAUUUCUUCCAUCCACUUCAGUGAUCACUGAAGUUUCAAAGUCACCAGUUGUAGGUCACCUCUCACUGCCCAGGAUGAUUGCAGCUGUAAGACUGAGUAGACUGGGAUGAGGUAAGUGUGAGCGGAGAGUGCAGUCUUGGAGGCAUGACAUCUCAGAGUUUAGCUGCGGCUCCUGUGGUGGCAGUUUUGGCAUUUCUCAGGGCUGAGACAACCGUGUCUCUUCCAGCACCACCCUUGGUUAGCCCAGGCAGCACACAGAUAAAGCUUUCCUACUUUGCAGUUCAUUCACAGCAGCGAUAAAUAGAGUAUGCCCCGACAUAUGAUUUCAAUGCAGGAACUUGUGUGAGCAAGUCAUCACCUUUCUGCUCUCCUAAUUAUGUUUUCAUGAUACAUGUCAUGAAAUGCAAAGAGAAAAGAUAUGGAGCCUGAAUGUCUUUUCAGUCUGUCCUACAAGUGUUCAUAGUAGAAACUGUUGUAAUACUACUUCUAUGGUUUGAGAGACUUGAAAGACUGAUGAAUCCUUACAUAUUAUUUUCUUCAGUCCUAUUUUUUGCAUACCUUGUAACAUCACGCUGGAUAGGUGAGAUGUGUCUCUAGGGUUUGCAUAAGUGCCAUAUUUGAAUAUAUGUUAUACAUGCCCACACUUAUGGUUACUAGAAUAAUGUAUUGUCAUUGAUCUGAUUUUUAAACCCUUUCAGAUGAAGCUCUAAGAUCAUUAGAUUCUUUUUCCUUGUGAGGGCUUCAGUAUUUAGUCAGUAUUCCAUAUGUUUGCAAACUGUGACACAGUGCUGAUCAAAAUCUUGAUGGAUGCUUUUGGAUACAUGGGCCCAACCUUGGUGUAAACCAGCACAUUGCUAAUUUUAGGGUACACCAGCUAUCUGGUCAGAAAAUGCAAAUGCCUCUUAGAUCCCCACAGAACAUCUUUGCAGGAAAGUGUAUCUGCUCAGCUGUAUGAAGCUUAAAAUUUGUUUUGAAGCUUAAAAAUUUGUUGUGUUUGCAAAUCCUUUAUUUAUGCACUUACUUGUAAUUUAUGUAAUGUUUUCUGAUGCCUGAUUUCAGCUUCAAUUUAAUGUGUAUUAAUAUAUUCUUUCCAGAAAGUCAAAGUAGUAUAUAUUAUAAUUUUGUGUAACUGCAACCUCAUCUCUCACUUAGAAUAAUGUACUUUUUCAAUAAGAUCCUCAGUGUUAAAGAGUUGGGCUACAGGUCUUUGCAGCUGUGACUUUUAUUUUUCUGAAGCAAAUUCUAGUAGUGAUAUCUGCAGUUGUGAUAUUGGGUAAGAAUAUGAAAAUGGUUAAGAAAACUCAUUAUCCUUUACACGCUCUCAGUGUUCUUUGAAGGCAUUUCUCUUUUACACAUCAGGGUCCAUAAAGGAUCUCCACCUUUCUCUUGCUUCUUGUAGAAAAUCGUUAUAGGUAUGUCAAUUUUUAAUGGAUUAAAUUUGGACUGAAAACUUU